AUGAGCAUUUCCACCAAAAUCAUGCUCACUUUCACGAUUAUUGUCGGUCUACAAGUGCAGCAGGUACGCUGCCAAAGUGCUCUGGAAGUUUCAGUUUUAAAUAUUUUAGGUGCUAUCAUCGUCCAACUUCAAAAUGAUGAUCACCAACGGCGAACCGGAAACAUAUUCCGGUUAUUCAACUUUAAAUUUGACAUGGGAUGAGUGUGUCGACUAUUGUUACGAUACCACCACUUGUAUUGUACGGCUUUUCGCUUCGAGACCCAAAAUCCAAAAAAAAAACAUUUGUUUUAGUUGGUAUACGAGCAAGUGCCCAGUUGUUUGAUGUUCACGAUUGGCCAAAUUAGUAGUGUCAGAAAAGCGUACGCGUCUUUGGUGGCUUAUAAAAUUUCGAUCAAUAGCUCUUCGGAUUCGUGCCCUUCCGACGAUACAAGCGGUGAAAAUGUGAGUUCACAAUAUCGAUCGAACUUUGAACACGGAUAUUGUAUAGUUGCGAAGUGUCAUUUGGUCUUUGCAUAUUUUUUAAAUGAAAAUUGAUAUCUAGCACUGUGUUUUUGUAGUUGAUGAUUUUGCUGUACAGCCACUUUCUGGAGUACUGUAGCGUCUGGAAGUUUGCAUUGAAAUUGGCUACUUGUUAUUGACUUCUACUUCCCAGAGCUACAGUACUCUUAGGAUUGAUUGUACAUCAAAAUGAUCAAUUACAAAAUUAAAGUUCACAUUUUGUACUCUAUUUUUGUAGUUGACACUUUUUCUGUACAACCUUUUCUAAGACUACUGUAGCUAUUGGAAGUCGAGAAGCCAACAAUAGCCUUCCAAGAACUAAAAAAAAAGAUCAACUACAGAAACAGCUCUACAAAACUUGAACUGUCCUCAAAAACGUUUUUCAAUAUCUUCGGACGUUUCGCAACUCGACAAUAUCCGCUCAAAGUGAGCGUACUUAAUUUCAGAGCUACAUUGUCGACAACUCGCUUUCCGUCUCAACCUACCAGGCGUAUUCAGUGUCCUACAGUAAUUCUUCAUGGACUUUUACCUCGUCUCAAAUGUUAUACUGUCCCCAAGACUUUAGCCUAUUCGUCAGGGACAAGGGACCAUGGUGUAUGAAGGUAAGCACUACGGUAGGUCCCGCGUGGAUUACUGUAGUUUACAGGUCAUCGAGACCAGUACGUGUGUCAAUCAGACUGACGCCUCGAACGCGGCCGUGUCAAGUUAUAGCGGUGUUUUGAGUGGGCUCGAUUCUGAAGAUGAGUUUUACCAAGCCCUUGGUACCGUAAUCUACAGUAAUCCUGUGAUCCACUCGACAUUUUUUGCAGCUGAAAGUGUGGUCAUCUGGCAAACGAGUAGCGUGUAUCCGGCGUACGGUUUUUGGGUGAACGGGGUGCGUACAUCCGCGUGCACUUCGACCACUGCGAAGCCCGUCUCGAAAAGCGCCACGUGUAACGGUACGAACGUGAGUUACAGUAAUCGAAUGAUGGUACCGUCGUGUAGCCUACCGUACUCGUCUAGGAAUUCACGUUCACCGAUCCGACACUCUCGAGCAGUCCUCAGGGAUACGUUUGGUUCACAAAUCAGCCGGACGGCAUCAAAACCACGCCGACAGUCUCCAAUUGUCUCUACUUGAGGGCGAAUAAUGCGACGCCGUGUGGAAUUGACGAUGUCCUGUGAGUUUGCAUGAGUUUACAUGAUUUUUUACAAAUUCAAAUGUUUCCAGAUGUGCUAACCCAACUUAUAACGGAUCGACAAGUAUUUGCUUCAAAGGAUAUCUUUGUGGAUUGGCACCAACUUGA